UGAAUUCCAAAUAAAAUAUUGGCCUGCCAUCAAAAAUUCUGACGGCAAAAAUUAAAGAAGAUGUCUUCCAUUGGUGAACUUGUUUGCACCUAUGCUUGUUUGAUUCUUCACGAUGAUGGCAUUCCCAUCAAUGCAGAGAAAAUUGGUACUCUUCUAAGAGCAUCAAAUUUAAAGGUGGAAUCGUAUUGGCCAAGCCUUUUCGCAAAACUUUGUGAAAAGGUGAAUGUCGAUGAUCUUAUCAUGAACGUUGGAACACCUUCAACCAAUAAUGCUGCCGUUGCUGCUGCUCCUACUAUUGAGAACGAUGCCUCUACUGCACCUUCCGACAACAAGAAGGAGGAAAUUAAAGAAGAGAGUGAUGAUGAGGCCAUGUUUAGCUUGUUUGAUUAGGAGUCACAGAAUACGGCGGUCGAUCCUCAGCUUGUUAAAGACUAAGAUUUUUGCUCUUUAAUUUAAGUUUUUUUUAUAGAUUUUUUAAGCAUUGGAUAUUAUUACUACUUAUUGCCUUGUUCCAUCAAAAGAACUUAUUAGUACUGUUAUAGGUUUUGCCUUUUUCUUUAAGAAUUUAAUUUCCAUGAAUAUCUUGACCAACGGUAAUAUUAUGAGUAAUCCCGAGUACUUGGCCAAAAUCUUGAAUCUCUUUCUGCUUCAUCGCAACGGGCUGAUCAUAACAGUGAAUGUCCACGGUGGCCUGUGGGUUGCACUGAGCUGUCUCUUCUUCAACUGCUAUGAACUCUGAUAAUGAGUCGCGGGCCUAAGAUCAGCGGAAGAUAUUCUUGGCCUGGAACCAUGCUAAGAAGGAGUAAACAGACGAAAAAGCCCAACACGAGAUUGGCGGAUUUUGUCUAGAAGGACCCAACACGUGAAUAGCCUAGAAGGGAAUCAAAUUGUUACAUAUAGUAGUGAAUAUGCUAGAAUCAUUAGCCAGAUAGUUCUCAGUGUUUGUGUUAACUCUCUCUUAUCCUUCGUCCCAAGUUUCCUCAUCUCUCUUCUCUAUUUCAUAAGUAUUUCUUUUCACUAUUGCUACAACAUCUUAGUUUGUAAUAGUGUUUGAAUAUUCAA